AUGAAGUCCUUCUUCUUGCUCAUUGCUCUCAUUCUCUUCACUUCAUUCUCCUUCGCGGAAAUGUUCCAACCACAUGACAACAAGCACCAUGUGUACAGGGUCAGUCCAGAAGUUAACCGUUGGGGAAACAUACAAUAUCGCCCGAUUUUUUUUCAGUCCUGCGGCGAAGCUCUCAUCCGUCGUGUCUCAUUUCUGUGCAACGGAGGAUCCAUCCGAAGCGAGGUGCUAAAUGUGCUCGACUGCUGUGCCAUAGGCUGCACAGACAAGCAACUGUUCUUCUGGUGUGACGUCUGA